CGCUCGUUCUGUUUUUCCUGACGAGAUCGCGGCGAUUUAGUUAACACUAAUAUAUAGGCUGCUUUAAUUACUCCAUUUGUAAUAAAAAAGUGGUAAAAAAAUUGGUAAACAAUAAAUGUUCAACCGUAACCCGGAUCGGAUAAAAAUAGUGAUGUGCAUAUCUUGACAUGAUGUCGAGUGGAUAGUGUUAGCGAUGUGCCCCUAAAAUGCGGUGGUUAUUUCUUUUGGCUGCGUUGGUUGUGGUGGUGGAGGGGGCUGGGCCUCGGCGGUGCGCUGGGAGGUUGGCCAGGGAAAGAUUGAAGGCAGCAGAGAAGAUAAGAGAUAAGAGAUUCUAUAUGUUGUGCUGCGCGCCCUCGUGCGCGCCGCAGAGACGGCCGCGACCGACCCUUACCACGCGGAAGUAUCAGCCCUUCCAUAAAACUUGGUACGGGUUGAAGCAUGGUUGCAACUGUUCGCGGGCGGGUUCAGAGAGCAACGUGUGCGACAUCCGCACGGGGCAGUGCCGCUGCCGUCCGCACGUCACCGGACGAGCGUGUGACACUUGUGAGGAAGGCUACUGGGGCCUGGAUCGUGGUGAGUGCCGGCGUUGCGAGUGUGGUGCCGGCACCGCCGCGUGCGACCCGGUGACGGGGCUGUGUGCGUGCGCGGCGGGUGUUGGCGGUGCGCGGUGUGACAGGUGCCUGCCCGGGUACUACGGGUUUAGCGCUACGGGCUGCUUGCCAUGCCCCACCUGUACGGACGGCAAAGUCUGCUCCCCGGUAUCUGGCCGCUGCGUGUGCCCCGGGCGCAGCCGCGGGCCGGCGUGCUCGCAGUGCGCGCGCGGGUACUGGGGACGCGAGUUUGGAUGCAAGCCGUGCAAGUGCGGACCCGGUGCUGUCUCGGAAACUUGCGACAUGAUAACCGGUGCCUGCGAGUGCAAGCCAGGCUGGACGGGCCUCUCAUGCGAUCGCUGCGAGCGCGGCUUCUUCGGGCCACGAUGUAGACCCUGCAGGUGUUCUGUAGCUGGUACCAGGUGUACUGAUGUCUGCGAGUGUGAUGAUAGCGGCAGGUGUCCGUGUAAGGAGAACGUAGUAGGCGCGAAAUGCGACCGCUGCCUGGACGGUACAUUCGGUCUCUCGGACACGAACCCGGCGGGUUGUACCGCGUGCUUCUGCUUCGGUCGCGCAGCUCGGUGCACACAGGCGGACGUGGUGCGCGCUGCUCUGCAUGCGCCCGCGCCGCUGCACCUGCGUCUGCUGAGGGGGGAACCCGCUAAUAUGGAACAAGAAUCGCUCCUUGCCGUGCACACACGAAACCCUGACGUCACGAUAUCAGUCCCCUGGCCACCGGUACCAGUGUACGCGGAACUCGGAGAGGUCUUCCUUGGUGACAGGGUUAUGUCUUAUGGAGGGGCUUUACGGUUCCGGGUGGAGGAGGAAGGGGGGGAACCACUGCCGCGACAAACUCUGGCGAAAUUUCCUCUUGUCAGUAUACAUGGAGCAUCGUUGGUGCUUGAUCAUUAUGAGCGAGUACCAGCUAUAAACGGUACAUACGCGGUGUACCUCCAUGAAUCACUAUGGGAGGUCCGGGGUCGGAACGCGGUGGCUUCCCGAGGUGUCCUGAUGCUGGUCCUGCAGGAUCUGCAGCACGUCUUCGUGAGAGUUUCCACCAGGAUGCCCAAUUAUAGGGAACCUUUGCAUGUGCUCCUCCUCAACGUAUCCCUAGAAACAGCUGUCGCUGGUCUUUCCCGUGGCGCGCCUGCCCCAGGGGUGGAGAUGUGUGAGUGCGGUACCGGGUUCAGUUCCGGGUCGUGCCACCGACCGGCUGCUGGGUUCUGGCUCCCCCCCUCCCCGCCCCGCCUCUGGCACACCGCGGGCACGAUACUGAUUGAUUUGGAGACUGUGCCCAAGCAAUGUGAUUGUAAUAACCGCUCGGAGUUGUGUCAUCCUACUACAGGGCAUUGUAUGAACUGCACAGACAACACAGCAGGUCCGCACUGCGAGCGUUGUGCGGACGGGUACUACGGGGAGCCGAGUCGUGGCUGCCGGCCCUGCGCCUGCCCUACGGCAAGUGAUAACAGGGCACUGUCGUGUGCUCCGGGGCUUAAUAGAUUGCAUUGUUAUUGUAAACCUGGUUACGCGGGCGCUGCAUGCGAGUCAUGCGCACCCGGCUGGGUGCACAACACCCGCGGUGCGUGUGAGCCGUGCACGUGCGACCCGCGCGGGGCUGUAGCGGGCACGUGCGAUGUGCGGGCGAGGUGUCGGUGCAAACCACACGUGGGAGGGGAUAAGUGUGAUACGUGUGAGCUGGCAAGGCAUUAUCUGGAUGAUGGGGGGUGUACGCCAUGCGACAACUGCACCCAAACCCUGCUCGACUCAGUCGAAGCUAUGACCGCUGAUCUCCACAAACGCGCUGACAUCACAGAACUAACAAGGAUACCGCAACCUUUCCCGGCUCUGAAGCAAUUCGAGAACAACGCUACAUACCUAAACCACGACCUACGAAACCUAAAGACUGACAUAGAAAAAGCUAGAAUAAUCGGUUCCACCAUAAAUGAACUGGAAGAAAACGAACAUAAUCUGUUCACAUCUGCUAACAAUUUGAAAACAGAAGCUUCUAGAAGAGAAACAGAUGCUCAAUAUCUUAGCUUGGAAAGUAUGAGUGGUUUGGAAGAAGUAUUGAAACAGAGGAGGUUAGUUGGAGAACUGACAGCUAAUUUGGAUGAUUUCGCAAGAGGAGAGAAGCAUCUAAGUGCUCAUCGCGCACUGAAAGAAGCGAGGCGAUUGUUGAAGGCAAUAAAGGAAAUUAAGCUGUUUGAUUAUAUGGCUGGCGCUAGUGAUGUAUCUGAUUCUGCAAACCUACAAUCAACAUCCAUCCAUGAGUAUUCCUAUCGCAUAGAAGAUGUGUACCGACGCGUUCAUAAAAUGCAAGCCUCGUUGGACGAAUGGGAAAACAAGAUGGACGACAUUGCAAAAUUAGCAGGAGUCGUGUGGGCGGCGGGAGAUAAAGUCGGUGAGCUGAAGAGGAGAGUACUACCCUCUUUGAUCAGGCUGAAGGAUUUGGGUUCAAAAUGUCGAAUUAUGCUAGAAGAAAUCGCAAAACAACCAACCCAUAACUUAACCAAGGAAGCAUCAACAGCAAUCUCACAAAUCAGGAACCUGGCCAUCAAUUUCCCACAAAUUGCUGAGCAACUGCGCACCCUCACAGCCGCGACUGAAGAAAAGGAGGGUAUUUUGUACAACCUAACACCGGCUUAUAAGAAGAAGUAUUUGGAUGCCGUGGAAAAACACGUCGCAAUGCUUGGAGAAAAAGCGAAGGAAUACAAAAAUCUCUUCGCCGGCACACGAGCAGCUGCUUCCCUCGGGGUGCAAGCAGCGGGCGCGUGGUCUGAAGUCAGCAAAGCAGUGAAGGACGCUGGAGCAGCUGCUGACACCGCGACUGCUGCAACUGCAGCAGCCGUGCAGCUCGCAAGGGGACCGCAGCCCAUGAUUGAUACUGCUCAUGCGCAUUGGGCUGCUUCAGAGGAGCUUAAGAGAAGGGGCAAUGCGGUGCUGAUGAAAUCGUCUGAACUAGGUCGUGGUGUAGAAAGUGCAGCUCGUGGUAUCGACGCAGCGAGUGUGGGGCUGCGUGCGCUCGGCUGGCGGGAACGGUCUCUGGCCUCUGGAGCGGCUACUGCUGCGGCUGGACUUAGUAGCACAGAAACAGGAGCGCUCACAUCGCUUCGCAGCGCUGGCGAGCAAGCGGAGCGUGUGUUCGCUGUAUCACGGUCACUUUAUGACGAAGCGGCUGAGACCAGGCGACGGGUGCGGUACCACUUGCGGAGGAAACUCGCAGCGCUGCAGCGGCUGGGCGAUACAGCGCUGGGGGCUGCUGAAGAACAUGUAUCCCAAAUCCGCGGCAACACGCUGCGCGGUGCGGAAGUAUCGGAAGCGCUUGCAGCGGCUGCAGCGGCCCGAGCGCGGGAACACUCCGCAGCGAGCGCAGCGCUCGAGCCAGCGCUGAGAGCGCUGCGGGAGCGGGUGGAGCGCGCUAGACAUGCUGCUAGCACUAUAACAGUAUCAGUCCGUUCCCCGGUGUCGGGUCCGGGCUGCGCACGCGCAUACGCGGUGCGGAACUCGCCCGCCGUCACGCGCCUGGCGCUGGCUGUCAGCUUCGAUGGCGAUGUGCAAGAUGGCACGCUUGUCUUUAUGCAGGAUCAGGAAGCAACAGACCGCUACAUGCGUCUCUCAGUAGUGAACAGUAGACUGCGAUUAACGUGGAACGUGGGGGGAGGGGAGGGGGUCAUAUUGCACCCCGAGACACUGCAGUCUACGGUGGAUGAUGCGGAUCAUACUGCGUAUACUAUUGAUAUUGAGAGAGUAUGGACAACAGUCCGUCUCCGAGUGGAGCGCUCCAGCAGCGCUGCGAUAUCGUCCAGCAACACAACAUCAAGCGCUUCAAGCGCUGGGCUACUCCGCUCGUCUCUCCUCUGGCUGGGAGAGAGUGUGGCCCCGUUACCGGGCUGCGUGCAUGCCUUGAGGGACGAUAGCGGAGCGCUAGGGCUCUGGGCGUUUAACAAGCAGCCGGGGAAUGCCAAGUGUAUUGGAUGUACUCAUAGGCGGUUCAGCCAAUCCCGCGGCUCCACGCUAGUGCAGUUCAACGGCGCGGGCUACGCGGCGGUGCGUCGCUCGGGCCUUCGCCCCGCGGACAGACGCCGGUUCACAAUUUCCUUCACCUUCCGAACUAGGGACCAUGAUGCGUUACUGUUUUUAGCGCUGGAUACUGUUAAUAACCGUUCAGUGAGCGUGUGGGUGCGGUCGUGCCGCGUGGUGUUCGCGGUGCAGUACGGCGGCGCGCGGCUCGAGAUCGCGUCGGGCGCCGCGCGCUGCGACGGGGCCACCGCGCACGUGCAGGCCACGCGCGUCUUCAGCAGGCUCGAGAGAGGCAGCCUGCGCGUGAACGGCGAAGAGACGCUGGGCUCACCCUCACCUCCUGUACAAGAUGCAUCUCUACUACCGGACCUGCAAGCCGCGGAGUACUGGCUCGGGGGCGCUCCGCCCGGGGGCGAAGUCCCCGCGGGAGAGCGCCCGCCAGCGCUACUGGGGUGUCUUGGAGCCCUCACUGUGGAUAGGGAGGGAUAUGACUUGCUGGAUACGCCGCAUAGACAUGGCGUUGAACCGGGGUGUACUACUAAGACAUUACGGUCAGCGAUCUUCGGCGGUGAAGGUUACAUAGAGAUGGCGUCACCAGCGAUUCGACGGAAGUCUUCCUUGGGUAUAUCCUUCAGGACCAGGUCAUCAUCAGGUCUGCUGCUGUACCGGGCACCGGUAGCUGGUUCCAAUGAAGUGGACGAUGAUGAUGAUGGCGAUGAUGGACAUUAUCUGGUGAUUGCUGUUGUUAAAGGCGAGCUGGAAGUGCAGGGCACAGCGGGCAAGGGCGCGCUGCGUGUGCGCGCGAACGGCACGCGGCUGGACGACGGCCGCCUGCACGCCGUCACACUCGUGCGGGCGCACAAACAGUUAGAAGUGUGGCUAGACGAGAAGCUAGUUGGUAGCGGAGCGCUAGCGGGCGGCGGCUUCGCCCCUCGUCCUCGCGGUCUGUACCUCGGCGGGGCUCCGCCUUCACAGCGCUCUACUAGCAUUGACUUACCGGCGCAGGCGUUUGUUGGCACUAUUAUGGAUUUUAUUGUGGAUUCUAGCUUGCUAGGUCUAGAAGAAGGCACAGUAUGGGGCGACGCACGCUUGGGGCGCGCGGAGGGCGACGUGCGCGGGGACCCGCCCCCGGAGCCGCAGGCUGACUCCGCUGCGAUGUGUAGCAAGAUGUCAUCAUACACAGUAGAAGCAGGCGCAGUAAAGUUCGGAGACACGCCCGGGAGCUACGCGUCGCUCAAGCUGCCGCGACAGGGGGCGAAGGCCGAGUUCUCGAUCACUCUGCAGAUUAGGACCUUCGCCACGGAGGGACUCGUGUUUUUGAUACCGGGCUCCAAACUGAAACCAAAGCACUACACAGCACUGAUACUGCACGAAGGCAAAGUGCGGCUCAUUGUACGCGGCAGAAAGAAGAAAGAGGUUACAUUGUCCACCGUACUCGCUGAUGGCACUUGGAGAUCGAUAUCAGUGCGCAUAUCCCGCGGGCGGGUCGCGCUGUCGCACGGCGGCGCGGCGGCGGCGGGUCGCGCGCCGCCACACUCGCGCGCCGCGCGCAUCUACGUGGGCGGCCUGCCCGCUGCGCUGCCCAAUGUGCCGCCGGCGGUGUUACGGUGGGGCGGGUGGGGCGGGCUGCGCGGGUGCGUGCGGCGCGUGCGCGUGUGCGGGCGCGCCGACGACCUCGUGCGGGACGCGCGCGCGCACCACGCCGUGGGACAGUGCUUCCCCAGUGUUGAGAGGGGCGCUUAUUUCGCGGGCGAUGCAUACGCGGUGUGGUCCAGUAAGUGGUGGAGUGAAGACCUGGAGACAGUGGAAGUGCGGCUCCAGUUCCGCUCCUUCUCCCCCAACGGCCUCAUCAUGUCGGGGGGUGGAGCUACCCUCGAACUUAAGAAUGGAGUGGUGGUGCUGAGCGCGUGGGGGGCGCGCGCCGAGUGGGGCGGCGCGGCGUGCGACGGCGCGUGGCACGCGGUGCGCGCCCGCGCGGCGCCGCACGGGCUGGCGCUGGCGCUGGACGGCGCGGCCGACGAGCGCGCCGCCCCCGCGCUGCUGCCCGCGCGCCACCACCCCGCGCCGCUCUACAUAGCGGGCCUGCCCGAGGGCGCAGUAGACGCGGCGGAAAGCAGAGAAAAUUUCAAGGGCUGCAUACGAGAAGUAUCAGUGGGAGGAGUUAAGAAGGACUGGCCUGAAAUGGAGUCACUGCAUCACGUACUAUUGGACUCCUGCCCCACGUCUUAAAAGAAGAAAAUUAUGCAAUUUUUAACACUAUUGUGUGAACGAUAAAGUACAUUUUGCUAUAGACGCGACUUCUUGUAACAGUCGAUAUGAGUGAAUUUUAUGUCAUUUUAAACGUUAUGACAUCACAAUAAUAAUGCAAAAAAUGGAGCUAUUGCAACCGUACCUCGAAAGCAUAAAAAAGGUUACUUACUUAUUCUACGGUGUUACUUAAAUAGGUACUUAAUGUAAACUUACAUAACAAUGGAUGGAAUCCAUGAUGCGAGAUUUACUGUCUAUAAAUGUCUACAAAAUCGAAUAUUAUAAGAAUUUGUAUUAUAUAAAUAAGUAGUUGUAAGAACAGUCAUUUAAGUUAAGGAUAAUGAUAUUACUGUUAUAAUGUCAACCCAAUGAAAAAAAUAUACAGAAUGCAUUUCUUAAUUAUUUUCAAGAAUUUUGACUAAUUUUCCAGUAGUAAAAUAUAUAGGGAAUAGAUCCAUAAUUAAAUUUUGUUUCAAAAAUAGUAAUUUACAAAAGAAUCUCAUUCAAUUCAUCUAUAAAAGAAACAACCCUAACGAGGCUGUCUAGAGGCUAUUUAUUGUAAUAAAUAUAAAAAUAUAAUGUAAUUUCAACCUUACACCCAAAAUAUUAAGAGUCAUUAUUAUAUAUCACAACUGUGAUUUCACCUUGCCCGCACAAAAAUUUAGGUAAUAAUUAAAUCUAGGCUAUUUUAAAAAACAUGUAUAUAAGUAGGUACUUAAUGUCACAAACCAGUAUUCAGUAAUAAUAAUUUACUUAAGAUAAACUAUACCCUUAACAAAGUCGUGGAGAAAAAUCUCGAUAAAGUAGAAAUUUUGUUUAUGCUUUGCCACUUUCUUCUGCAAGUUCUUAAUUGAUUAAACUUAUGUUGGAUAUUAUAAAAAUAUAUUGUUUUUUUGUGAACCUAAGGUAAAUUGAAAUUAAAAAUGAAAUGAAAAAAGACAGAAUUUUAAUAAUUUUCUUUGCAUAUAAUAAUUAAUAUUAUCUACUUAAAAUAUCGGCAUUUCAUUGUAAUCACAAAGUAAAGUUUAAAACAUGCAUUAAUAGCAUUCGU